CCACAAGCAGAAACCUGAGCAUUACUUCUUUUCCCCUGAUCUUCCAUUUCUUCUCCUUGGAGCAGCUUAACAUGGCGAAGCAACUUGCCUCGACGCCCACCACACUCAAAGGAGCAUUCUAUCUGAUGCUCUUGCUGUUUGUAAUGGCUCGCUCAGCUUCGGCUCGAAUGCUCGAUGAGCAGCAUGUUGGGCCGGUAACCACACCGGUUGCAGCACCGCCACCUUCCGACUCGAUCCCAGCCCCUGCUGACCCACCCACCGACCCCGCAGAUUCACCGUCUCAGCCAGACCCCGCAUCAGCGGAUCCCGCAGCCUCACCAGCUGAGCCAAACGCUGCAGCAGCACAGCCUGCAGCUGCACCAGCUCAGCCAAAUGCUGCGGCGACGCCACCACAGCCGGUUGGGACAUCUCAACAGUCUGACCACCCGUUGACCUUCUUCAUGCACGACAUCCUUGGCGGGUCGAAGCCCUCCGCGCGCAUUGUAACGGGCCUUGUGGCAAACACUGCGGCCAACGGGCAGCUCCCCUUCUCGAGACCCAACAAGGACAUUUUCCCAAUCCAGGGUGCCCUUCCCCUCCCCAGUGGCGUCAACAACGUCAUCAACAGCAACAACGCACCCUAUGUCGCAGGCCUCGGUGGCACCACCACCACCAUAAUUCAAAACAAUGGCAACGCCGCUGCCAACGGCGGGAGCAACGCCCUUCCGUUUGUCAACGGGGCAAACCUGCCGUCGGGGGCCACACUCCAGAACCUUCUGUUCGGGACGACCACCGUGUUCGAUGAUGAGAUCACGGAGGGGCAUGAGAUCGGGACCGGCAUGAUUGGGCGUGCGCAGGGGUUCUACGUGGCAAGCUCACAGGAUGGGACGAGCAAGACGCUGGUGCUCACCGCCGUGUUUGAAGGGGAGGGAGGGGAGUACGCGGACACCAUCAGCUUCUUCGGAGUGCACCGCACCGCCGCUCCCGAGUCGCACAUCGCCGUCAUUGGUGGCACCGGGAAGUACGAGGAUGCCAAGGGAUUUGCAGCCGUUCAGACGCUUCAACCGGCAGAUUCACACACAACCGACGGCGUGGAGACACUUCUCCAGUUCUCCGUUCACCUUCUGUAAAUUUUAAGCUGUAUGUGAAGUGCCAUGAAACUGUUUGAAGCUGUGAAACUUCCCCCUAGAUUUGUUUCUUCGUGUGAACUUUUAUGGAAUCUCUGUGAUGUACUGGUGAAUUUCGUUAGUAAAAGCUAAAUUACUCCACUUUGUUCUA